AUGACCUCGAUCCCUCCAAAGUCGGGCCUUCAACCUCAAGGACAGAGCACCUCGACUCAGGCCGCCUCGUCGCACUCGCCUUCCCCUUCGCUUAGUGGGAAGACUUCGCCCCAGGCUCCUCCUGCCUCGACGGUCGCCAGGUCCUACGCCAGCGCCACCAAAAAGUCCGCGACGGACUCGACCGCCGCUCCCGUCACCCUGGGCGGCUCUUCGCAACAUGGGAAGUCGACCUCAGUAUCUCCUGUGAGCGGCAAACCCAUGCAAUCUUCUCAGACCCCCGGCGUCACCAUCGUUAAUGGCGCCCCUUCCUCCGCCCCUCAAGGCGAUCACUCCCGAAAACCCUCGGUGACCAUCACCUCUGCUGGUACCUCGGGCUUCAUCCCCAACGGUGGCCCCGCCAGUCGUCCCAAUAGCCUCCAGUUCGGUUUUGCCAACCAGCAGAGCUCUCCCAACAUGGGCAACCCCGCCGUGCUCGCCAGCCAGCCCCAGUCCGGCUUGGCCGUCGCUCAGUCGCCAAACCCCCGUGUGGCCUCUCCCCAGACCUCUCCUUCGCCGAUCCCCCAGCCGGCCUCCAGCGGUGGUCGCCCUCCUUCGUCGUAUCAGUCGCAGGGAAAUGUCCUCAACUUUGGAAGCUUUGGGGAUGCCGGUGAUAACAUGCGCUCCGCUCCUCAGGCUCCCCUUGGCCCCGGAAACCAGUCGACCCACCUCCGACGCGAAUCCUCCCAAUCGACACACAGCGAUAUGAGCAAUCACAUGGGCAACGCUCCGGGACGGGGUGGCUAUCCUCACCAAGGUGGUCGGGGACGCGGAUACUCCCAGUCGGGUUACCAGGGACAGAUGCCCUACUCGCCUGGCCCCAGCUUCCGCUCGACUCCCAACCAGCCCCGUGGUGGUCCCAACAUGGGCCCUCAGUUUCACGCGCCCAACCAGGGACGGCCUCUGGCCCCGUUCCCCAACUCGCCACACCAGCGUAGCCCGGCUCUGGCCACCGCACACCCCGCGACUCCCCAGAUGAACCAGGUCCCCAUGGCCCAUCCCCAGAUGCCUCCUCAGCCAUACAAUGCUUACGGACAGCAUAUGGGCCCGCAAACAGUGAGACAUCACCACCCUUCUGCUGCUUACAGACAUCCCCGUCAUCAUGGUCCCAUACCGUCGAAGAGAAAGCCAGGGCCCCGUACUUUCUCUUCCUCAUCCUCUUCCUCUGCCAGUUUUCCCCUUCCUGCACAAACUUCCCCUCGCACCAUCCAUCUUCCUCCCCCCAAUCUCGCGCCGGAAAGUGGGCAGUUUGAACAUUAUCUGACGCUCGUGAAAACCUCCCAGGCUUAUCCCUAUGAUCCCACCUACGGGUACUAUAACCCUGCCUAUGGAAUGCAGCAGAUGCCGUACAUGACACCUCCCUCGCCCCAGCCGCGUCCUGGCAUGCCCUAUAACCCGCAGGCGCCGUACAUGCAGAACCAGUACCCGGUGCAACCGCCUCCCCAGACCGCUCCCUUGUCGCGUACGCCUUCGCAGGUGUCGAAUGACCGACCGGGUUCCAGCCUCGGCCAGGGCCAAGCUCCCACCGGCACCCCGGCGGCCACCCACGCGCACACCGCCAGCAGGACGUCCAACAGCCCUGCGCCUCCCAAGCCCCAGUUCAUCAUCCCUCCGACCAAGCGCGCCCCCAUCGUCAUCAAGGACCCCGGCAGCGGUGUGGUCAAGACCUUCGAGAAGGCCCCGGCUUCCCCCGCGCGGGCCACGCCAUCCCCUGUGAAGAUCUCCACCCCGACUUCCACCCCGCCUCCCCCUCGCACUGCCAGUGGUGCCGACCACACUCGCACCGACUCCAAGGUCAAGACCGAUGAGGAAAAGAAGAAGGAGCUGAGAGAGGCAGUCCGCCUGAAGAUCGAGCAGGACGAGGCGGAGCAACGACGCAAGGAAGAGGCAGAGGCCGCCGCGAAGCGCAAGAAGGAGGAAGAGGAAGCAGAGGAGGCGGCGCGCAAGAAGAAGCAGGAGGAGGAAGAAAAGGAGGCAGCCGCUCGCAAGCAAAAGGAGGAAGAAGAGGCGGCGGCGGCGGCGGCGGCCCAAAAGAAGGCUGCCGAGGAGGAGGAGGCCGCGCGCAAGGCACUCGAGGAGCUCAGUCUGAAGGACAAGGCGGCAGAUUCCAACAAGCCUGCUGUCGAAGAGUCCAAGAAGGAGGAACCGUCGGCUCCGGCCCCUGCUGCGGAGGACGAGAUCGACUACGAUGCGAUCGAGCGCGAGCUUGCCGAGAUUGAGGCCAAGGAGGCCGCUGCGGAAGCCGCGUACUACGCGAAGAAGCAGGCCGACAAGGAGGAGAAGGCUCGCAAGGAGAAGGAGGAGCGGGAGGCCUACGAGGCCAACAUGAAGAAGGCUGAGGCCGAGGCCGAGGCCCUCGAGGAGGAGCGUCAGCGCAAGCGGGAGGCCGGUGAGGAGACGACCUCGAGCAAGGACCUCUUUGCUGCCCUCAAGAAGGGCGGUUUUGCCGCGACCGAGGCCAGCACACCCGCCGACAGCGGUACUGCUACCCCAGUCUCCGACAUCUCCAUGGGCCCUCCUGCCAAGCCCGGCCAGAAGCGCGAGAAGCCUGCUGCUCUCAAGCUGGAAACCACCAAGGCCGUCGAGCCCCCUCAGCCCAGUGCUGCUAUGAAGUCCCUCCAGUCGGCUCGCUUCCUGGAGGACCUUAGCCAGGUCAACUACCCUGCCUCGGUGGCCUCGCCCAACCCGGCUCUGAACGCCAACGCCCCCGCUGACCGCAAGUUCCACUACAACAAGGAGUUCUUGCUCCAGUUCCAGAGCGUCUUCAAGGAGAAGCCCUCGAUCGACUGGGAUUCGCGGGUGCGCGAGACCGUCGGCGACAGCGGAGACUCGUCCCGCCCGCAGUCCGCGCGCACGCCCAUGGGUGGCCGCAACCCCUCGCGCGGUGGCGCCAUGCCCCAACCUGCCUUCACCAUGGGCUCUUUCGGACAGCCCCCGAGCCGUCCCUUGGGCAGUUCCGAGCAGCGCUUUGCCGCCUCCAACGCCAACCGCAACGUCGCGAUGGGCUUCGGAUCCUUUGGCCGCUCCCCCAUGGGCACUCCUCCCCUCGGCCGCACCACCUCCUCCAGCACGAUGGGUGGACCGUCGCGUGGCCCUGGUAGCCGGAACAACACCCGCACCGGCAGCAAGCGCGACAAGCAUCAGGGCAAGAAGGAGGAGGACAUGGCCAAGUCCAUGCCUCUCACCGCCGGAAAGGAAGUCAAGGCGCUCCAGAUCUCGACCACCGGAUGGAAGCCUCGCAGCGUCGGCCAGCCCCCUGCUGCUGGUCCCACUCCUGCUGGCGCUGGCCAUCUGCCUCCAGAUGUUGUGCAGCGCAAGGUCAAGGCUGCGCUGAACAAGAUGACGCCCGAGAACUUCGAUCGUAUUUCCGGCCAGAUCCUGGAGAUUGUGUCACAAUCCAAGGAUGAGUCCGACGGACGGACCCUGCGCCAGGUCAUCCAGCUCACCUUCGAGAAGGCCACCGACGAAGCGCACUGGGCGUCGAUCUAUGCCAAGUUCUGCAAGUGUAUGCUUGAGAGCAUGAGCGCCGAGAUCAAGGACGAGAACAUCCGCGACAAGAACGGCAAUGUGGUUGUCGGUGGCAGUCUGUUCCGCAAGUACCUCCUCAACCGGUGUCAGGAGGAGUUCGAGCGCGGUUGGAAGGUUAACCUGCCGCCCAGGCCCGAGGGCACGACCGAGGAGGCUGCUAUGCUGUCGGACGAGUACUACACCGCGGCUGCCGCCAAACGUCGUGGUCUGGGUCUCGUCAAGUUCAUUGGUGAGCUGUACAAGCUGGGCAUGUUGACGGAGCGUAUCAUGCACGAGUGUGUGAAGAAGCUGGUCGACUACGAGGGUAUGCCCGAGGAGGCCGAGGUUGAGAGUUUGACCAGUCUCCUGCGCACCAUCGGUGGUAGUCUCGAUGCCUCGGAGAGAGGUCACUCCUAUAUGGAUGUCUACUUUGGUCGUAUUCACAUGAUGGUCGAGAUUCCCGGCCUGCCCAGUCGUUUGCGGUUCAUGCUUAUGGACAUUAUCGAUCUGCGUAAUGCCCGCUGGCAGUCCAAGGACGCUGAUAAGGGUCCUAAGACCAUCCAACAGAUUCGUGAAGAGGCCGCUCGUGCUCAGCAAGAAGCCGAGAUGGAGCGUCUCCGCCAACAGGCCAACCGUGGCAACCGGCCCCCCAUUGGUCGGGGCGAUGCUCGCAGCUUCUCCGGAUACGGCAACCAGGCCCCUCCCCCUGACUACGCGUCGAGCAAGGUUGGAAGCGAUGAUCUCCGCCGGCUGCGGACCACGCGCAACACCAACCAACCCAUGUCCUUUGGCCCAUCCAGCAUGCUUGGGUCUCGGAGCAGCAGCGGUCGUAAGAACCUUGGCCCUGGAGGCAACCUGGUUCGCGGUAGCGACGACAGUGCCGCCAGCAGCCGUUCUGGAACGCCCGCAGCCAAGAAGGAAGACAAGGAGGCCGCCUCGUCGAUCAACGCCUUCAGCGCUCUUGCCAGCUUGGAAGACAACAUGGCCACCUCACCUCCAUCCAACCCUACUUCACCCUUGCUGACCAAGUCUCAACCUGCCGUUGAGCGCCGCCCCUCUAAGACCCCCUCGACGGCCGGCGAAGAAGCAUCAUAG